AUGUGUUUUCCACCAGCUUUGAACUUUGUCUUUAUGCCCGCUGCUAGGAUGCUUUUUAUGUUUGCCCUGGCUUGCGCCAGCCCCUUUCUGGAUUUCAGAGAAGAGACUCUACAAUCCCUAAACGUAGCCAUUAUUUUUAGUGGAAGUUCCUAUAAACCUGAGAAUGCUCGGUUUUCUCCAUCUGACUUCCGUAACUUUUCCAUGGAAGUGAACCCAGUAUCAGUAAUUCUUAAUGACACAAACCCUCGUAGCCUUAUACUGCAAAUCUGUGAUGUCCUCUCCAGCCUACGCAUCCAUGGGGUUGUCUUUGAAGAUGACACACGCACUGAGUCAGUGGCCCAGAUCCUUGACUUCAUAUCUGCACAGACCUCUAUGCCCAUCAUUGGCAUUAAUGGGGGUUCAGCAAUUGUGCUCACACCUAAGGAAAAAGGUUCCACCUUUCUUCAAUUAGGUGCCUCUACUGAACAACAGCUACAAGUUAUCUUUGAAGUCCUAGAGGAAUAUGAUUGGACAGCGUUUGCAGUUAUCACCACCCUUUUUCCUGGUUAUGAGGACUUUGUGGAUUACGUUGAGUUAUUGACAGACAGCAGCUUCAUUGGUUGGGAAAACCGAGGUGUAUUGACUCUAAAUUUGACAGAUGAUCCUAGUAAUGCCAAACUCAAGAGGCAGUUGAAAGAGAUAGCAGUCCAAGUGCGCCUUCUCUAUUGUUCUAAGGAGGAAGCUGAUAUGGUCUUUAAGGCUGCACGAGAGGCAGGUCUAACUGGACCAGGUUUUAUAUGGUUCAUGGUCGGUACCAACUUAGGUGGCACAGCUUACAUGCCUGAGCAUCUCCCUGUUGGUCUUUUUACAGUGUUAUCAGCUGGAUGGAAAGAUGAUAUUCAUCGAAGAGUGAAAAAUGGAGUAGCAAUAAUAGCCAAGGGAGCAGAAGCUCUGUAUAAAGAUUAUGGAUUAGUACCAGAAUUUAACAAUGAUUGCCGGGCACCCAAUCUCACCCAAAUGAAUGAGAACCUUCACAGAUAUUUCAAGAACAUCUCCUGGGGAGGAAAGGACUUCUCAUUUAAUGAAGAUGGCUACCUCAUCAAUCCAGCGCUUGUGGUGAUUGCUCUCAACAAAGAGAGAAGCUGGGAGGUGGUUGGGAUCUGGGAACAUGGAGACUUGAAGAUGAAGUACCCAGUGUGGUCUCGUUAUGGAAAGUUCUUGCAACCUGUGGAUGAUGAUCAACACCUGACUGUAGCUACACUGGAGGAACGGCCCUUUGUUAUUGUUGAAGAUUUUGAUAAGGCAACUGGAACCUGCAUCCGAGAUUCUGUACCCUGCCGCAAACAGCUGAACGCAACUGACAAUCAACUGACAAAACAUAUCAUUUUCGUUAAACAGUGUUGCAAGGGCUUCUGCAUUGAUAUUCUUAAGCGACUCGCAAAAACAAUUGGAUUCACCUACGACCUAUACUUAGUGACCAACGGAAAGCAUGGCAAGAAAAUUGAGGGUGUAUGGAAUGGAAUGAUUGGAGAGGUGUUUUAUGAACGGGCAGAUAUGGCCAUCGGCUCCCUGACAAUCAAUGAGGAGCGUUCUGAGAUCAUUGACUUUUCGGUUCCGUUUGUGGAGACAGGAAUAAGCGUAAUGGUGUCAAGAAGCAAUGGCACGGUGUCUCCAUCAGCAUUUCUAGAGCCGUACAGCCCUGCCGUCUGGGUCAUGAUGUUUGUGAUGUGUCUUACUGUGGUAGCUGUGACUGUUUUCAUCUUUGAGUAUUUCAGCCCUGUUGGAUACAACCGAAGCCUCUCCAGUGGCAAACGUCCUGGAGGGUCCAAGUUCACUAUUGGCAAAUCCAUUUGGCUGCUUUGGGCUUUGGUUUUUAACAACUCCGUUCCAGUAGAAAACCCUAAAGGCACAACAAGCAAAAUCAUGGUUCUCAUCUGGGCAUUUUUUGCAGUUAUUUUCUUGGCCAGCUACACUGCAAACUUGGCAGCUUUUAUGAUCCAAGAGGAAUAUGUUGAUACAGUAUCCGGACUCAGUGAUAAAAAAUUUCAAAGGCCACAAGAGCAAUACCCCCCACUAAAGUUUGGUACCGUUCCUAAUGGUAGCACUGAGAAGAACAUUCGUAGCAAUUACCCGGAUAUGCACGCUUACAUGAUCAAGUAUAACCAGAGGCAUGUUGAGGAUGCCCUGCAAAAUCUUAAAACUGGGAAACUUGAUGCCUUUAUUUAUGAUGCUGCUGUUCUUAACUAUAUGGCUCGUAAAGAUGAAGGUUGUAAACUGGUCACUAUUGGCAGUGGGAAGGUGUUUGCUACUACAGGCUAUGGCAUUGCAUUACAGAAAGGAUCAAAGUGGAAACGACCAAUAGAUCUUGCAUUGCUGCAGUUUCUUGGGGAUGAUGAGAUUGAGAUGCUGGAAAGACUUUGGUUAUCAGGAAUUUGCCACAAUGACAAGAUUGAAGUGAUGAGCAGCAAGCUGGAUAUUGACAACAUGGCGGGCGUAUUCUAUAUGCUUCUUGUCGCUAUGGGUUUAAGUUUGCUGGUAUUUGCAUGGGAGCACCUCAUUUACUGGAAACUACGUCACUGUAUGAGACAUUCUGGAAAGCUCGACUUCCUACUAGCAUUUAGCAGGGGCAUGUACAGCUGCUGUAGUGCUGAAGAUCCCAAGGCCAUAGACCAACAACUUCCUACCUUGAACCACUGUUAUCCACCUCAAAGGAUACCAGCUUUAACCAACACUGCAGUCCCACCUCCAUUACCUCAAGCACCAUUACCAUGUUCUAACUUUUUGCCGAGAGAGAGACGUGUCGUGGAAAGGUGGCGCCAUGCACGGAGCCCAAAUUGUUAUAAAGAUAUGUACACACCAACACGUUCUGUUCAUGACCCCAACAACAAGAAUGCUCCACCUCGACAUACCCAUAAAAGCCCAUUCUCUGAUGGUUUUCAUCGGUAUUAUGGUCCUAUUGAGCCUGAGGGUCUUUCAGAUCAUUUGGUUGAAUCUGGACAAGCUUAUGGAAAAGACAAAAAGAUGGGUCCUUGCCCAAUGUCACCUCCAUCUCAAAGGGAGCACUUUUUGGAAAAUCCUCCUUCAUAUUUUGCCAUAGUUCGUGAAAAAGAUGCUCCUGAGCCACCAGGAUGGCAGUCAAAAAUAUCAAGGGGGCUUUAUGAGAACUAUCAAUCAGGAAAGGAGAGGACAACAAAGUCCACUGGUGGAGCACGGGGUAGUAGAACACCUGAAACAGCAGCUAAGAAGUUUGAUCACUUAGGAAGUAGCUACCAGUCAAAGGGCACCUGUGAAAUGGAAUGUGAAGUUUAUAGUGGUGGAGGUCCCAGUAGUAGUAACAACCGGCCAAACAAGGCUAGUGUGGAGGUUUUUGAUGGAAACCAUUAUGGUGGUCAUACAAGAUUCACAUAUGAAGAUGAACGAAGCUGUGGGAGGGAUUGUCAUCAUCACAGGGAUGAAAUUGAAAUGGAGUCUAAACCUCUACUGCACAAAAAGAGUAAUCGCUCUCACAUGUGCAGGAGUCACUCUCAUCCUUUGGUCAUGAGUGCUAGCCAAAGUAAAUAUGCAGAUCUUUCUGAUUCUGAUUCAGAUGUUUGUGAGAGGGAACCACCUUGUGUGAAAACAGAAAUGGGACACAACUGUUGGUAUUCUCCAAACUACUUCUGCACAUAUCCUUCUCGGGAUCGUCAAGCAUCAUCAACACCUCACAAACCAAUGAGAUACUGGUCUGUUGAUAAGCUGGGCAAGUAUCGACAAUUAAGUAAAGAAUAUCUUCCAGGCACAUGUCAUGGCUCUUGUUAUUGUAAUAGCUUGGAAAUGUUGCAGCCUCACUGCCACAAAGAGCCACGAUACUUCAGCUGUUCAGAUGAAAAACUGGAAAGAAGGAUGGACUGGGAGCACUCACGUGGUGGUCAUUGUUCUUACCUUCAUCAUCAUCACCAUUCCUGUGAUAUAGCACCCAUCCAUCCCACCUCCCGCAGUCUGGAGGACCUCAGUAGAUGCCACUUAAGAUGUCACAGACAAAUCUUCUCACCAGAAUGUCAGCCUAGGUCAAGCCACAGUGGAACACUUUAUAAAAGAAGGGGAUCUGCACAUUUCUCUAGUUUAGAAUCAGAGGUAUGACCAGAAAAGUAUCCAACUUAUUA